UCAUAUGUUUUCAUAUAUGCGUGCAUAUCGCAUAGUAAGCGAAUUCUGUCAAAUUCUUUUAUUACUCAUUAAAAAUAAAUUAUCCAUCUGAAUUUUAAUAUUUUAUGUCGCAAUAAUAAUUAGAAUGGCAAAAAAAACAAACAGUGCCACAGCCAGAUUAAAACAAGAUUAUUUACGUUUAAAAAAAGACCCUGUACCAUACGUACUCGCUGAACCCGUACCUUCUAAUAUUCUUGAAUGGCACUACGUAGUGAAAGGUCCUGAAAAUACACCAUAUGAGGGAGGAUUUUAUCAUGGCAAGUUAAUAUUCCCUGGAGAAUUUCCAUUUCAACCACCAAGUAUCUAUAUGACCACACCAAAUGGAAGAUUUAAAGUGAAUACUCGUUUAUGCUUAUCCAUCUCUGACUUUCACCCAGAUACAUGGAAUCCAGCAUGGAGUGUAUCAACUAUAUUAACAGGCCUUUUAAGUUUUAUGAUUGAAGGAAGCCCUACUCUUGGUAGCAUAAACACAACUGAUUGGGAUAAAAGACAAUGGGCACAUCAAAGUUUAGAAUUCAAUUUAAAAGAUAAAAUGUUUUGUGAAUUAUUUCCUGAUACUGUCGCGGAAAUUCAUGCAGAAUUGGAGCAUCGAAAAAAGCAAGAAAUGUUAAGAAGACAUCAAUCUACAACCUCAGAAGUUUCAUCACUCAUCCGUAAUCAAUUAAACCGAGAACAGAGUCCAAUUCACAGUGCAUUAACUAAUGUAGCAAUAAUAAUUGGAUUUGCUGCAUUUGCAUAUAUUGUUAAAUAUGUACUACGAAGUAUUGCAACGGAAUAAGAAUGAAUGAUUAUUGUAGUGAACUUUCCAAAUAUUCCGAAUUCAAUAUAAUAUAUAACAUACUUAAGUUUUUUUGUGAUAGUUUUACAUACAUUAUGUGAAUGAUUCAAAUACUGUGAAGUAAUUGAAAUUAAUUUAUAAGAAAUCGAUCGAAUUAUUCUCUACUGUUUAAAUAUUUUAUUGUAUCAUAUAAUUCUCGGUUACGAUUUCAUAUUUUUUAAUGAAUUUAAAUGUUUUUUUUUUAGAAACAUUUAUUUAUUAUAAUUCAAUAAACAGAAUACUUGUGGGCCUCCAUGAUAAUCCGUUUAUCCGUUGAUAAUGAAAAGAAAGAAUAAAUUUUUGAUUCUGUUAAUUAAAUUUAUACACAAAGUUUGUAAAGCGUAUGCAAGAUGAUCAAUUUGUAAAUAUAUAUUAGUUAAAAAAACAAAAA